AAAAGAAGCAAAAGUAUGCGAGUUGGUCAGCCACAAUUGUUGCUGAUGUUGCAAAUUCAAUUAGCACGUUUUUGUUGCAAAUUUAACGUUGCUUGGCAUCUUCAUUAUUGUUUUUCGUUUUUGUAUUGAGGUUUUGCUGUCAAGCCGCAAAAAUAUUUGCUGUGAUUGCUGGCUAAAUUUUAUUACUUGCUUCUCAUUGUUUUCUCGCACUGGAACUUUUUUCUCCAAACUGUUAAAAGAAUUGUGGCUAAAGGUGAGGUUUCAACCUUUAAAAAAAUGUUCCCAAAGAGAUGUAAAAUUACGGUAUUAAGCUGAGUAAGCUACUCAAGAAAAAUCUAUGUUCUCACUGCCUAUGUUUGUACGCCCGGUUAAGUAACUCGACGCUCAUAAUUCAUUCUUAUUUAAAUACCCACAUUCCCAUGCAGUUGUUAUUGCAUCGAAACUACUCAACUCUGUUUCAAAACGGAGCUAAUUCAACAUUUUUUAGCCAAAGGAAAUGCUAUCUCAACAGUGGUAGUUGUUUUAAAAAUCUAAACCCUUUUUCAUAAUAUACUUCGAAGCACAGUCGCAACUAUAAAAAAAGAGACGUCUAUAAGCAAGUUUUGUAUUCUAGAGCAUUUGUACAGAUAAAUUAAUUUUUCCUUCAUUUUUGCAUAGUAGACAUCCCCAUUACCAAGUGAACAAAAAAAACCAUGAAACCAUGAACACUUACGUGAUCCUCUUAACAUAAAAAUACAGACAGGGGAUGGCCAAACAGAAAAGAUUCCACCCUCACUUGCCUACCCAUUACCGGAUCGUAUGGGCGUUGAGCAAAACUGUAUGGAAAAUCAGAAGCUUCCUGGAAAAGAGCUCAUUGGUAUUCCGUGUGCCACUUGCGAAUUGACACUUAACUCUUUCCGUCUCGGUGGUUAGCGUUGCUAACCACCUACUUUUUAUUUUUUUUACGACGGUUGGCGACAUCUAUGUUUUUAAUUUUGCACGAAUAUUUAUUAUUGCUUCCUUUUAAGUGAAAAGGGCGCUAGUAGCUAGAAAUACACCCACCACGUGUUGAGGAAAUUUAAAGUAAAAAUCCGUGGCCGCGCGUUUUUGUGAAAGCUAGAAGUAAAAAUUCAUAAUAAAUUCUAUAACGCAAUUUAUCGUUUGAUUUUUGUGCAAAUUUAGUUCUUGUGGUGUGUUUGAUACACAGUGGUUGCUUUCUUGGUGAAAUUUCGAUUAUUUUACGAAUAUUUUUUAUAAUCAGUGGUGGUUAGCAACAAUAACCACCGUGACGCAAUUAUUUCAAUAAUGCAACGAUCAUUGACGCAAAGGGAAAUUGAAGAAUGUUUGUAUGAAGAUUUACCUUCAGGACCUGAAAGUGAAGCCAGUUCCGAGUGGCCAGUGUCAAAAUCGAUAUUGGAUGUGUGUGGGGCAGAUGUACAGAAUAUCCAAGAAGAGCUAUUCGACGACGAGGAUGACAUACUAUUAUCAAACUUUCUACGUCAGAAUAAUAUUGUUAGCUCUACGACCUUGCAGCCUCCUAAAUGGAAAAGGACCUUCUCUAUGGAUAUACCUGGCGAGUUUGUUGAGAGUGUGGGCUUAGCUGAUCAUAUAAUCAGCUUGGAAGAUGUAACACCACUCCGACUGUUUCGCAUGUUUUGGACAGAGGACUUGGUUGAGGUCAUAAGCUUUCAAACUAACCUAUAUGCAACACAAGAAGGUAAACCUUUUUCUCCUACCAGUCCUUCUGAAAUACAAACUUUCUUGGCCAUAAAUAUGGUGAUGGGUAUAAAAAAGCUACCGAGUUACAAAGAUUACUGGUCUUCUGCUCCUGAUUUACGUGACUCCUACAUUUCCUCUUGUAUGCCCCUAAAUCGCUUCAGCUGGCUUCUUGGAUGCUUGCAUCUGAAUGACAAUAAUCUCAUGCCUGCUAGAACGCAUCCAGACUAUGAUAAGUUAUAUAAAGCCUAGCGUGCCUGCUGAAAUCCGCCAUGAGAGUAAUCGACACCAACCGCUUUGAGGCACACCUAGAAGAUGCGCCUUUUGAGUACCAAAAGCGUCCCUGUCCGCACAGUAUGGCAAUGCAGAACAUGCCACGUCCCACUUUGCCUCCGAAAAGGAAAGACAUGUUUUUCAGAUUUUCACAAGAAAUAAUUAUUUGU